AUGGCUGCUCGGAAAGGCAACAACAGGACUUUGAACUCUGCCAAGCCAGCCCUGCUCCAGCUCUCUGACUACCUGCUGACUCAUUACAGAAAGGGUGUCCGGCCAGUUCAGGACUGGAGAAGGACAACCAAUGUAGCCAUUGAUGUCAUGGUAUAUGCCAUUCUCAGUGUGGAUGAAAAAAAUCAGGUGCUGACAACCUACAUCUGGUACAGGCAGCACUGGAUCGACGAGUUUCUCAGGUGGAAUCCAGAGGACUUUGAUAACAUCACGCAGAUGUCCCUCCCCACCGACAGCAUCUGGGUACCAGACAUCCUCAUCAAUGAGUUCGUGGACGUGGGCAAGUCCCCGGACAUCCCGUACGUCUACGUCCGUUACCACGGGGAGGUCCAGAACCUCAAGCCGAUCCAGGUGGUGACUGCCUGCAGCCUGGACAUCUACAACUUCCCCUUCGACGUGCAAAACUGCUCGCUCACCUUCACCAGCUGGCUGCACAACAUCCGCGACAUCAACCUCUCACUGUGGCGGCAGCCGGAGCUGGUGAAGUUUGACAAGAGCGUCUUCAUGAACCAGGGGGAGUGGGAGCUCCUCUACGUCCUCAGCCAGUUCCGGGAGUUCAGCGUGGAGGGCAGCGACAGCUACGCCGAGAUGAAGUUCUAUGUGGUCAUCCGGAGACGCCCCCUCUUCUACGCCGUCAGCCUACUGCUCCCCAGCAUCUUCCUGAUGGUCAUGGACAUCGUGGGGUUCUACCUGCCUCCCGACAGCGGGGAGAGGGUCUCCUUCAAGAUCACCCUCCUGCUGGGCUACUCCGUCUUCCUGAUCAUCGUGUCGGACACGCUGCCGGCCACUGCCAUUGGGACCCCACUGAUAGGCGUCUAUUUUGUCGUGUGCAUGGCCUUGCUGGUCAUCAGCCUGACCGAGACCAUCCUCAUCGUGCGCCUGGUCCACAAGCAGGACCUGCAGCCUCACGUCCCCGACUGGGUCAAGCACCUGGUGCUGGAACGAGCCACCAUCCUGCUCUGCAUCCGUGACAGGAAGAAAUUCUACCCCAGCAGGACACAGAGUUCAGACAUCAGCCGGCACCCGGAGAACAAUGACAGCACAGCCAAGCUGAACCACUACGGCUGCGAGAACCUCAGGGUGGCGGGCGCAAGGCCAUUGCCGGCACCCCCGGCACAAGGAGACAGCUCCCCGGUGGUGGCCAGCAUCCUGCAGGAGAUCUCUGCCAUCCGCCAGUUCCUGGAGAAGCGCGACGAGUUCCGCGACAUCGCCCGCGAGUGGCUCCAGGUGGGCUAUGUGCUGGACGUGCUGCUUUUCCGGGUGUACCUGGUGGCUGUGUUGGCCUAUAGCAUCACGCUGGGCACCCUCUGGUCCGUCUGGCAGUACGCAUGA